GAAAUGCUUUGUUUUGAAUCUCAAACACCCUACCAUUUUCACAGCCCGUGGAGGCACCACCAGUCAUGUGAUCUCACCCAGCCCCUUCCACCAAAACUUCUCACUCUUCCUGUCCUUACUGACAACAACUCGUCAGCUUUCCAAGAACAAGAAAAAGGUGUGACAGAUUGUCUUUUCCACUGCCUUUAGAGAAGACACAAUGCAUUAUUCAUUCUUUCCACAAUUGUAGCCACAGCUGCAUUGUAUUUUGUAAUGUAAUCUCAAGCUCUACCUACAGCUUAUGUCAGCUAGGACAAAGCCAGAAACUGGUUCCAGUCACAUUGUGUCUUAACAACCACUUUUUACUCUGCUGCAGAUCUGACUGUUAAAGCUAAAAACAACACGCAUUGACACAGCACUACUAUAGGCUAUUUAUUUAUUUUUCUUACACAAGCAGGCGUGGACAUUAUCAAGUCACUCAUUUACUCAACUCUAAUACAUCAUUGAAGGCAUGUUAAGCCAACAGGUUAGAGUCAGAGGCUGAAAGAUAAAUUAUAUACUUUAAAAGCUAGACAGCAGGCAUGAAGAUCGCUUCAUUCAAUGUUCAGAGAUUUGGGAUAUCUAAAGUUUCUAAACCAGAUGUCCUCUCAACACUAGUAAAGAUAGUGUCUCAAUAUGACAUUAUACUGAUUCUGGAGGUGGUGGAUGUGAGUGGUGCUUCUGUCAAACUGUUUUUGAAGGAAUUGAACAGAGUCUGUACAACCCACCACUAUACACUCCAACUGAGUGCCCGUCUGGGGAGGUCAGGCUACAAAGAGCAGUUCCUCUUUCUAUACAGGGAUGACGUAGUGACUUUGAUUGACAGUUACCAGUAUGAGGACAAUCAAGCCAACGAUGUGGAUGCUUUUGCCCGAGAGCCGUACAUCCUUCACUUCAGACCCCACAACACUGUACUGAAGGACAUAGUGCUGAUACCAGUGCAUACUACUCCAUCAGACUCUAAGAAAGAGCUUGAUGAAUUGUACGAUGUCUUCCUGGUGGUCAAAGACAAGUGGGAAACUGAUAACAUAAUGAUCCUGGGGGAUUUCAACGCAGAUGGAAUUUACCUUUCAAAGAAAAAGAUGAGAGACACUCGGAUCCGCAGUGACAGAGACUUUCACUGGCUGAUCGGAGAUGAAGUAGACACCACUGCUAAGGUUUCCAAUAACCACACCUAUGACCGGAUUGUGGUUUAUGGUGAUGACAUGUUGGAGGCCAUAGUCCCAAACUCAGCCAAGUCUUUUAACUUCCACAAAGAGUUUGGGAUGACUGAAAAAAUGGCUUUAGAAGUCAGUGAUCAUUAUCCUGUCGAAGUUGAAUUACGAACUUCAACUCGGUCUCAAGAAAUUCAACAAAAACAAACAGAAAACAGAGCCAUCAAGGACACAAACAAGCUGGAAAAAAACGACAAAGACCGAUAUGACUAUGUCCCAUCAAAAGGAGCUAAGAAGAGCAAGAAAAAGAAGGACCCCAAUGCCCCCAAGAGGCCACUUUCUGCAUUCUUUGUGUUUUGCUCAGACCAACGUCCCAAAAUCAAGGAGGAAAACCCUAACAUCUCCAUUUGUGACAUUGCCAAAAAGCUGGGGGAGAUGUGGGCCACACAGAGUGCCAAAGACAAGGCUUCAUACGAGUCCAAGGCUGCAAAACUCAAGGAAAAAUAUGUGAAGGAUAUGAUUGCCUACAAAGCAAAGGCUGGUGCUGGACAGAGCAACACUGGUAAGAAAGGUGGUCCUGGGCGGUCCACCCCCAAAAAGGCUCAGCCAGAAGAAGAUGAAGAAGUUUCUGUUUGAAUAUUUUUGACACUCUUCAUUUCACUUUCACUUUUUUUGUGGAUGAUUCCAAAAAAUUCCAAAUAUUUAUGCAGAGUUAAAAUGUUUUAAUUUACAAUAUUAAUCUUAAAUUUUUAGCAGUUUUUUUUUUUUUUUUAACCAUUUUGCUGUUUUUCAAGCUUAAUUUUUUUAUUAGAUUAUCUUCUGGUAGGGUUAGAACUGCACUUUUGCUAGACACUAAUUCUACCCUAGCUUCCUAGCUUAUCUAUUUUUUCUUUGAAGUUAAAAAUCUAAAAAAAAAGUGACUCAAAUUUUCUGAAUUCAAAUAAUGUAAACUUGAGAUGCCACUUUGUGGUGCAUUAUAGCCUGCUGUUUCUGUUGUCUGCCUCUGUAGGAAUCAGACUUGUAUUCAUUAAUUUAUUUAUUAAUACAGUGCCUUUCAAGACACCCAAAGCACUUUAUAGUGCAGUGUUCAUUUAGUCCACACUCAGUGGUGGUAAGAUACUACUGUAGCCACAGCUGCCCUGGGGUAGAAUGAUGGAAGUAAUGCUGCAAAUCUGCACUAUUAUCUCUUCCAACCAUCACCAACACUCAUUAACACACAAGUUUCAAACUAUGCAACGUGCGUAAACAGAUGAUUUUUUUUGCCACUGGCGCCCCACUGUGGCGAGAUCAGGCUUUCAGGCUUUGACAAGUAGUAUGCACUGCAUUUCUUUUUAAUUCAUGAGUUUUAUUGUUAAAAAAUGUCAAUGUAACAUUUGGUGGGUAUUAUAUAAUCAUUCUGAUAUUACCAUGAGGAUUCGCUGGAAUCCUGCACUUUCUCAUCACUCUGUCUGACACUUGACAGGAUACCUGUGCUAUGGAGCCCUCCUGCAUUGUGCCAGUGCUCAAGAAUCCUAUUUUGUCUGGACUUAAUCAUGAUAAUGACCAACCAGUUGCUUAGACGUCUCAUAUCAUGAAAGUGUUUGAGAGACCUAUUCUGGCUUGGAUCAGACCCAUGGUGGCUCUCUCCCUAGACCCGCUACAAUUUGCCCCAUGCCCCAUGUUAGUGUGAACAAUGCUCUCAUCUGUCUUCUUCACCGAGCCGAGUCACACCUGAUAGUGUUAAGGGCUCUGUGAGGAUAUCGUUUUACUAUUCACCCCUUAUGUUACAGAUGACAACCCUCUGUCAUGUCAAUUGCCAUUUUAUUUUUGCACUGUUUUUGUCUUAUAUGCUCUAAUGUAUAGCUGAGAGAUAUUUGUAUUACUAUAUUACUUUUUUUUUAUAUUUACUGCAUAUACAUUUAUAUAAUUGUGGCUUAUUUGACACCAGUUUUUGUUAUUUUUGCUUAUUUUGAAUUUAUUACCAUUUAUAUUUUUGAUAUCAUAAUAUAGUGUGAUGUGUGCCAUACACUUAACAAUGUUAAAAGCCAAAUGUUUUACUCUAAGUAAAAUGCUACAAAUGAUGUCUGCACAGCAAAUUCAAGAGUGUUAAUUCAACUCGUAUAUUGUUAAUUUUAACACUUUUACUAUGUCAUAUGGGGUCCACAAUAAAAUGAGUUAAAACUACACUUUCCAAAGUGUAGAAGGCUCAACACUGGUAAAGUGAUGUAACCACACUCCUCAUAGUUGAAUUUGACACUGAUUAAGAUUAGAUUUUUUUACACUAGUGUAUAGUGAAAAAGCAAUCACUAUAUUGCAAUGUUUUACCAAUUUAUGAAGUAGAAAUAGUGUAGACAGUGUUCUUCAUGUUACACUAUUCAACAGUAACCAUUUCUUCACUAAAUACAGUGCAAAUGCUGUCGCCAUUCUAGUUCAUAAUCCCUUUUACAAAUGUAAAAUAAUGAAAAUCACCACAAAAUUCCAUCUCAACUUAACUUGUAUUAAAACAAUGCACAUCAUACAAUCAACACAAUUUAAACAAGUCAUAUGACAAAAUACUGUUUUUGCAAAAUCCAACUGACAGCAGGAAUUCUCUGUUCCCUCAACAGUUUGUCAAAAUGAUUGUCUUUUUUUUUUAAGUUGAUUUUUAGGUACAAGCAGUCGAUGGAUGAAACAAGAUCUUGUUUUGAAUGGAAUUCAGGCAUGCUCAUCUCCAAAAAUGAGGAGCAUGUCUGAUUGUUUGAAACAAGAUCUUCUCUCCAUUAUAGAAACAUAACAAUGUUCACAAUAGAGGCAGUCCUGUUAAUUAUGAAACAUUAACAUUGCAGAAACUUUUUACCUCAAGAGUCAGUCUUUCACUCUUGGGGUUUCUUUUGAUACUUCCAAGUUCUUUAGACAAUUCUUCGAAUACAGGUGUCAAGUUUGUGAGUUUGAGUCUGAGGACCAAGUGCCUUGAAAUGUUCACCAAAUUCAGCCAGGUCAACAAUGACAUAAAAAACCUUUGUCUUUCCCACUUCAGUCACAGGUAGAAAGGCCAUCCAGGCUACUACUUAGCACAUAUAUAAAAUUCAAUUAGUUAAUUACAAAAUUAUUGGUGAGGUGACAUUUAAGUUCUACAUUUAACCAUUUCAUGACAUACAUGCAAAUCUCUGACGAGAUGGUUAAUGUAGGGUGACCAUAUUUCCAUUUGUGAAAAAAGGGGGGGGCGUGUCAGGACUAAACCAGGUCUAAACCAAGACUACUCUUGGACUUAAAAGAGAAAACGCCGUGCAGUUUGUCCGCAAAGCGCGAUCGGGCAAUUGCCGCGCUUACCUGGGUGAGGUGCAGAGCUCUCCAUCUGUCCUUUCUCGUGCGGUCAACUCCGAGUCCGUCCCGACAGUGAGUCCUGUGUCAGUUCUGGUUUAGUCCUAGUUCAGUCCUGGUUUAUUCCUCCUCUUCAGUCCUGGAAUCCUAGGUUAGGCCUGGGUUAGUCCUGGUUUAGUCUUAGUUCAGUCCGUGGAGUAGGCAGCGCAAAAGUUUGAUAUAA